AUGGUAGGGACUACAAAUGCUGCUAAUGCAGCAAAGCAACAAGCUGCAGCAAAAAUGCACCGUCGUUCACGAUCAGGGUGCUUCACAUGUCGCCUGCGACGGAAGAAGUGUGAUGAGGGCAAACCAUCUUGCCGCGCCUGCAAACACCUUGGUCUCAAGUGCGAAUACAAGAGGCCAAUGUGGUGGAGCAACAAUGAACAAAGGCGGACUCAGAAAGAAGUCAUCAAGAACAUCAUCAAGCGCACCAAGCUUAAUGAGAAGACAGCACAGAGCGGCGCAAUGGGCACCAACACACCACCAAGCCUGUGCCAUUCCAUGCAAACUGCCGACACCUUCUCAGACGGUGUCAGCUGCACUCGCGCGCCAUCUGUCGACUCCCAGAACUCGCUGGACUACAACUUCAACCCCACUGUCACACCCGACUUCUACAACUCGUCAAUGCCUCCGCCAAUGUUCGCCCCGACUUUCACCCACCCAGGUCACUACGUACCUUACGACAUCGACAUCAAGACUGAGAGCCAAAUGUUCAUCAACGACAUUCCAACUCGUCGCGAUUCCACGCUGUCAUCCUACAGUCACUACCAAACUCCGCCCGCUCACAUCUAUCCCACGGACGACUGGAUCCAGAAAGAUUACUUCGAGCGCCGCGAAUCGUACAUUGAGGAGCCCCUCGAAUUUCCCAUCUUUGACUACACUACCUACGGUGCUUUCAGCCCAUCACACCAGCCCUCCAUUCAGGUCGAAGACUGUGAUCGCCAUCUUCUCAGCCACUUUCUCGACAACAUCAUGCCCACAGCAUUCCCGGUUCUUGAGACUAACCAGCCCGGCGCUGCGCAGCGCGAUGUGAUCAUUCCAGCUCUGGAGUCUAACAAGGCUUACCUACACUGCUGCAUGAGCAUAUCUGCGCUACACAUGAAGACCACUCAAGGACUUGUGGGAGAAGAGAUCGACCAAGACAUUCAACGGCAUCGCGGAGAGACUGUUCAGCAGCUCACUGCGGCGCUCUACAGCGACAGCCAGCAUGGUCAGACUCUCGAGGCCGCGCUUGGUAUGAUCUUUUUCCAGUGCUCAGUCGGCCGAUUCAACGAUGGCCUGAUGGACAUCCCGUGGCAUGGCCACUUCGAAGCAGUCCAGAACCUUGUUCACAGGCUCGAGCUUCCCGCGCAGAUGAUCGCGAUGAACGGACAAGCACACGCUCAGCCUCCCUUCAACAUGACACUGGCUUCCUGGAUCGACAUCCUCGGCGCUACCAUGCUGGGCAGGACACCAUCUUUCGCUGACACCUACCGCGAGAAGCUCAUCGCUGACGCAUCAUCUGGCCUCGCCGAACUCAUGGGCUGUGAAGAUCGCAUCAUGUACCUGAUCUCGGAGAUUGCUUGCCUCGAAGCGCUGAAGAACGAGAACAUGGAUGUCGUCCAGCUUUGCGCGCACAUCAAGCUCCUCGGUGAGCAAAUCAGCUUGACUGAGCCUCCCCAGGGAUCGCUCAACAGCGCCUACACAUCUACCGGCGAGAUUCUCCCAAGGCAGCUUCGCCGCAACAUGACGGCAGUGUACCGUCUAGCCGCCCGGAUCUACUUGUGCAGCCUAGUGCCAGACUUCGACCGCACAUCCGCCACAUUCGUCAACCUGGUCAGCGCCCUUUGCAAGGCUAUGGAGUACAUUCCUGCCGGACCCGACGGAUUUGACCGCUCCCUUGUAUGGCCCCUUUUGGUCGCUGGCUCCGUCUCGGUGCAACAGUCAGGAUUCCGCAGCAUGUUUGCUGAGCGCUCCGCCCUCUUGGGCGAGGCUGCUAACUUUGGCUCGUACGGACGAGUCAAGAACCUCUUGGAAGAGGUAUGGCAGGUCAACGACGACAACCUCGCGAAGGGCAACACCCAGAGUGUCCACUGGCGGGACAUGAUGCGCCAGAAGAACUGGGACUUUUUACUCAUCUAA